ACUGCGACAGAAAUCGCGCAUGCGCGCCGAUAAAGACAACACUAAAGAUGGCGGUGAUGCGGAAGACGGGAAGAAAGUACUCGGCUGUGGGAAUAUUCGCAGUAUUAUGCCUGCAAAUCUGUUCUCUGAAAUGUAAUGCAAUGCCAGUGUCAGCUGACAAGGUGCUGGAGAGUACUGAAAAUAAAACUGCUAACAUCACGGUAAUGCUUAACAAGAAUGUGCCAACCACUCAGAUUGACAGUAAGUUGAAUGAAAUGGCUGAAGUGUUGAUUAAAACAGCAGUUACUGGCAACACCACCACCACCACCACCACCAAAGCAUCAGCUGCUCCUACUCCUCCUGUAACUGCUGCCCCAGGCAAAAAUAUGACCCUUCCAGAGCAUGCCACAACGACCAAAUCCAAUUCACAAGAGUCCACCAGCACACCUGCAAACAAGCAACCUACCACCUCCACUCCUGCUGGAGAGACAACAGAGAUAAGUUUCAAUUACAGGGGUGGCAUCAUUGCUGCUGGACCAGACGGGGGACUUCCUUUUUACACAAAUGGCAAAGAUGAUGAUGAAGAUAAUGAUGAUGAUUAUGAUAGUAUGAAUGACAGUCAGGUAAUUGAAGAAAACCAGGGCAUUGGGAAAGACCUGAUCCCUAAAGUUUAUAACCCUCCCUUUGAAAGCUCUGAGAAAAUUGAUGUAAGCAUCAAGGACACAACCAUCUAUACAACUCAGGAUGAAGACUCGCACUUCUUCUUUCACCUGGUCAUCAUCGCCUUUUUAGUGGCCAUUGUCUACAUCACCUACCACAACAAGAGAAAGCUCAUGUUACUGGCUCAAAGUCACCGCUGGAGGGACGGCUUCUGCUCGCGCGGCAUCGAGUAUCACAGACUCGACCAGAACGUCAACGAGGCCAUGCCUUCACUCAAGAUGACCAAUGACUACAUCUUCUGACCAACUACAUGAAGUUUACUGAAGAAAAACACAUGCAAAUAGUUGAUUUCAUCUACACAUGGUGUCUUAUUUAAUCAGGGGAGGAGAGUUGUACUAUAAUAAUUUAUUUUAUGUGCACUCUCUAAAAAAUGGUCUUUCCUUUUAAAAAAAAAAAAAAAAAUGUGAUUGUAUUUUUUUGGUUUUACUUUGUGCUUUCUUUGGUUUCAUGAAUGCAGGUGUUUUAAAAUGGUUGAUGCAACUGAUGCAUUUCAAGUUUUCGAACAUUUUUGCACUUCAUUUUGUAGACUUAAUCUCUGUAGGAUGAAUGUAAUGGAUUCAUUCUAAAGAAAAGUAAAUGAAGGUAUAUCCGUGCAAAUAUUUGAUUAUAACACUUCCUAUUAAACCUGGUAUGAAAAAGGCCUAGAAUGAACAAAGUAAUUUAGAUUUUCUCUGCUACAUAAAAGCGGCACAGAAAUGUGGGACGUUACGCCUUCAAUGUUGAAAUCUGCCCUGAAACACACAUUUUAUAUUUUGUUUUGACUCCAUAACUGCAUUUGUUUUCUUUUUGCCUUUAUGAUGAUAUAGUUUGCAACAGCAAUUGCCAAUAGACAUUGUGAGUAAUACUGCCAUACAAAGGCAAAACGCUGUAACUACACACUUUUGUCAAAAUUUUGUUAAGACUGAAAUCGAGUCUUUUAGACAAGGAUCUCUCUUGCCACAGAUGAGUUUGGCUCAACAGUUCUCAAGUUUAGAGAAAAUUGAAUUUUAAAAUUGCAGUAACUACAAAUCCACAUGGGGGAAAAAAAAACUCACUUUUAGUGUUGGUGUAGUUGCUGUGUUUUGCCUUUGUAGGUCACAAUAGUUUUAUUAAUGUGCAUAUCUUGUAACUCCAGUACAGCAAUACCAUAAAGUUAAAGCUAAAUUUGAACUGCUGUGUGCUUUGCUAUGCAGCAAUUUUUGGGCUGGUUCCUAUUUGUGUUACGACUUCAAUGAAGUUGUUAUUAUUGCACAUACUGACCUGGAUCUGUCAUUACCAAAGGUCUGGAGAUAUUUAUGAAAAAUUAGGCUCUUAAGUGUUUUGUUUCCUUUUUUUACUCUGAAAGCACUACAUAUGAGUGUUGCCCAAAUUCAACAUAACUAUGUCAGGAGCAGUCAAAAUAGAGCUGGAUUGCCGUCGCUUUAACUCUUUAGUAAGCCUUACUUUUGUCAAUGAAAUAAUAAUUAAAGCAUUGAUGUACUGAAUCACGUCACUGUUUUAAAAGAAAGCACAAGAAGAUUGUGUCUAUGCAUGCAGUAUGUAUGAUGAUAGGCUGUUGGUUGCCUUAGAAAUAAUUUCUUCAAUAAAGCAUGAACUGUAACUGGA